ACGUGUAUCACGUGUCAUCAAUCAAUUAGUGAUCAGUUCCUUGUUUCAUAUCUAGGAAAUUAAAAAUAUGAAAGCGAUAUAUAAGAGCGAUUGUUGAUGGUAGUGGCGUGCUCUUAACAGAAUGAUGCUCGAUGCUCUCGCUGACCCAGCCUCAAAUAUUUCCUCUACUUCACGUCCGAUUCUCCAUUUGGACCAGGAAGAAGUUUUUGAAGUUUCUGCAUGUUUUCGCAAUAAUUAGUCGCAGAAACCCGCGGAGUUUCUUCGAAAGACGAUAAAAAAAACUAAAAGACUUUGCAAAUUACAAUUAUCAUACCAUAUAAAAGAGAUUUAUCCAAUCAUAAUACGUGAGUUCCAGUUACCAUUUUGACGCAGUCACCUUCCAACAGCACUCGGUCCUGAACCAGAAUUCAUCAGAAUAACACAGUCGAGCAAACAACAUCUCUAUUAUUGUACUGUGUAUAGAAUAUCACGAGUAUGGAAGGAGAAGGGAAAAUUGCGACAAAUACAACUAUGUCUAUGAUGACAACCUCAGACGGUCCUCAGCAACUUUACACCCAAGCCGGUAUUGUGCUGAUAUAUUUGGUCGUUUCUAUCAUUAUAACCCUGACAGUGACUGGCAACAUCCUUGUGAUCCUUGCUUACUGUCGGGAUCCUCGCAUCCGUGACAAGGUGGCCAAUCUCUUGAUUCUAAAUCUCGCCAUCACGGAUCUGAUCGUGGGAGUGUUCAGUCUUAUUUUCAAUUUCUCAAGGUUCGUACGUGGGUUCUGGCCGUACGGUGAGGUCCUCUGCAAGCUUUGGACUAUCCUGGACUUCACCGUGUGCUGGAUGUCUAUCAUCACGAUUGUCCUGAUUAGUUGGGAUCGCUACACCCUGGUCAGGCUGGGCAUCCAGUAUAAGACCUACCAGACGAAGCAUCGUGUAGGGUCAAUCCUCAUCAUCUGUUGGAUAUUCGUCGUGAUCUACUGGACCCUGAUCGCUUUCACCUGGGGUCCCUUUAGGAAGAUGGAUGCUGUUAAUUACGGUGUCACAUGCAGAAUGGAGUUCAAUUACACCCGUUUAGCCCCACUCUACAUAAACCUACUACCAUUCAGUGCCUUGCUGUCAAUUGCGAUCGCGAUGAAUGUGUCCGUCUACGUCAACAUCUAUCGAAGAUCUAAAGGAAGACAGAUCAGCCCUCCGUAUCGCAACAAGAAUACCCCAAGCCACUCCGUGGAUCAAGACACCAACGAGUCAUCCUGUCGUUACACACCUUCUGAAGGUUCGGCUUGCCUCGAGCAUGUCCAAGAGGUCAGGCCUGAAAACAACCCGACGCCAACUCGUAAAAUCCCGAGGUCUCAUCCGGAAAAAGGCCUGCCCGACUACAGCGAAAUCGCAAGGACUGUGAAAAAGGAGAAAAUGGCCCUUGCGAGACACCGAAAAGCAGCCAUAGUUUUGUCCAUACUCACGGGGACCUUCAUGGCAUUCUGGUUACCGUACAAGAUCAUGACGGUGUUUUUUUCAAUAUGUGGAUCUGAAUGUGUUUCCGAUGUUACCUGGGAAGUCACCGAGGUUCUGGCCUGGUGCAACUCGACCAUCAAUCCCCUGAUCUAUGCUGCUUUCAACGUCCAUUUUCGCAAAAACUUUCGCUACUUCCUGCAGCUUGAUCGAUGCAAAGGCGAUAAAAGGAAAUGGUUUGUCAGAUGUGAAAGGUGUGUUGAAAAUUAAAAACAGCCAAUUAUAUAUGUCUUUCAUCCGCAUAUAAGAGUCUCUUUCUCUCUCUUUAUGAACCAACUUUAAAAUGUUGGGCAACAUACUGUCCACUGUGUUGGGUAAUGUAUGUUGGUAAAUAUGUAUAUAUAUACAGUGCGUCCCACAAAAAAACGAAACCGGGAUUUAUCGAUGAUUUAUUAUAACUUAAUCACAAAUACAAUAGCCAAAUUACCUACCAUUUUAGAAUCCCCUCUUUCAUCUGAAAUUACCUAGAUUAUUUCACAUUCACGGAUGAGAGGGCAAAAGCAAUUUGAAGAGGGACUACCAAAAUGUCACUUGGCGGGCUGUAUCUGGCCGGGUUUAAAAAAUAAAACCUCAUUUUUAAAAAGUUCAAUAUAUGCUCUUUAAUUUGAUACCUCAAUUACAAAUAAUGGUCAAGUAAUAACAAAGUUCUGGAUAUUUGAAACAAGGCUUGAAUGUCAAUAAUUUCAUAAAAUGAAGAGGUUUUACAGGCUAGGGUCCAGACUCACCCGACACUCCGUUUUGUUGACGAUCAGCCAUGUAUUAAGUUUGUUGUUAACCGUGUGAUAACUUCUGUAGGAAACCGGUGAAAACACGUUUAUUUAAUGAAAUUAUGGAAAAACAAACAUUGUUUCGAGGGAACAGAACUUUUUUACUUCUUGACAAUUUUCUUUGAUUACGGUAUCAAAUAAAAGAGCAGAUAUUGAACUUUUUAGGCAUGUGAUUUUCUUUUUGAAAUUCAGAUACCCCCCGCCAAAUGAGUGUUUGGUAUCCAUUCUUCAAAUUAUUUUUGCUCAUGCGUGAGUGAGGAAUAAUGGAAGUAAUUUUAGGUGAAAGAAGGGAUUCUAAGCUUUACAUUGGUAGGUCAUUUGUCUAUUGUAUUUAUGAUUAAUAAUAAUAAUAAUAAUAGCGGUAUAUUUACCCAGGGUAGCCGCUUCAGUUCCGAAAACUGUUCUCCCAGCGGGCCCUGCUAUUAUUACCCCGGCUUUAGCUGGGAUGCCUAGGCGCUCAAGCAUUCAAGGAAUUAAUCCUGCCGGGUACCCAUUUCCCUCACCUGGGUCGAGUGCAGCACAAUGUGGAUAAAUUUCUUGCCGAAGGAAAUUACGCCAUGGCUGGGAUUCGAACCCACGACCCUCUGUUUCAAAGUCCGAAGACUAAUCCACUAAUCCACUAAAUCAUCGCUAAAUCUCGGUUUCGUUUUUUGUGGGACACAUUGUAUAUAUAUUCUGGGCAAUCAUUAUCCAAUUGAGCAAAUUCAUUACCCAAUUAUAAGUUUUUAUUACCCAAUUUGGACAGAUUUUAACCACUAGUUGUGUGGACAGUAUGUUGCCCAGGGUUGGUUUAAAGUUGGGCAUUUUUGCCCAACUAUUUUAAGAGUGUAGGACGUCCAAAUAGUGGAUUUGUCGCGUAGAUUAAUAAUACGACUGAGGAAUCUCCACGGCAACCUCGUUUAGUUAAGAUCAUGCGUUCAUCUAAGCAAUAGUAAAAUAGGCCUAAAGUAAAUAAGUAAUCGGUAAAGAUACUUGGGAAUAGAGACUUUAGAAUGUUUUUUUUUUUGGAAAGUAUUGAGCAGCUUUGCUAAAAUAUUUCGAUUCAAUGUUUUCAUGGCAAGUUUUUGACUAUCAUCUGUUAUGUUAAAUGCAUUAAAUACAUACAAUAAUUUAUUUUGUGAAAGUGAAUUGAAUUUAUCUUAGAAUUACAAGAAUUAAAUAUUCUUUACAGAGGCUUGGGGCACUGUAAAUAUGGUUGACGUCAUGAAUGAUCUAUGCAGGCAAUAAUAUUGUACAUUAGCCGAUAUCAAACCCUACAUUUUUCACUCUCUAGAAAUUGUAUAUAAUAUGAUGCACAUCGAUGCUCAGACAUGUAUUUUUUAUUUGAUUAUUUUGAAAGAGAUUGAAAUAAGCGCCACUCCAGAUAUAAAGUACAGUCUGUACGCGGAUAUAUACCUACGAACAGAGAGAGAAAAAAUGUAGUUGAAUCGUUCAUUUCAAUUUCGCAUCAUUUUCAUUCCUUUGAAGUGUUAUUUCGCCAUACCGUGUAAAAGCCAAAGCAGAUCCGGUACGUUUGGACACCAAAGAUUAUAGAGUAGUAGACUUGAUGAAUGUAGCAAUAGUAGCGAUAUCAUAAGACCUAAACCAACGUCAAAACGUCACAAACAAGGAAGGAAAUAAAAUAAGGGGAAUCUCAUGCAGUUUGGUAUUGUUGGUUUCGCUGACCGAUGGCAGAGUGGAUUCUAGGUCAAAAUAAUUAUAGUAAAAAAAAAUGGAGAAGCUAUACAGGGGCGGCGCUACAGGGAUCGGAUAUAGGGUGACCACUCGCUAUGAUUUUAUCUUUUUUUUUUUUGAGAAGUGAAAAAAUGUAGGAGCAUAGACGAGGUGGAUGAAGAAUAUGAAUGAAAUAGCAGGGGAACGUGAUUUGUUGGUUGUUUAAUGAUACAAUAUACUUAUAUUCUAAGGACCCACAUUUUUGGUUGUUAUGCCCGCUAUCAAAAUUACCGGUGUACUGCACAUGUUGAUAAUUAUUAUACUCAUAUUUUAAUUGUUGAGAAUAUCAGAUCUAUUUUUGUACUGUAUCAAUAACACUCUUGAAAAAAAAAAAGAUAUUUGACAUUUCUUGUCGCGUACAUGAAAACACGAAAGGUUCUAAAUAUUAUUUUUUACGAAAAUGAAUAUGUUUAUUGCAAAGGAUUUUUUUAAAGACAUGGAUCCCGUUUCAUAAGUACUUGUUAAACGAAUAAAAUGAACAUGUCUGUAACAUAAGCUAAUCAAAUUGAAUGACUUAAGGAGCUUUACACUGUUACUCUGUAAAUUUGUUAUUGUAACAAGUUCUUAAAAACGGGCCCUAGUUUAUAAUAACACUUAGCAAAUUUUCUGUUUUUUUUAAAUAUCAUUCUAAUGUGUAUAUAUACAAGAGGUGAUUGAGUGAUUUUCUGUCGGAAUUAUUUCGAUUGUCCCGACAGUGUCAUACCAUGUAAAUGUAUAUAAUAUGGAUUCGGGACAGAAAUGUAUAUAGAGUGUAUAUGUAGUGCACGAUUGUACUUUUUGAAAUAUCAUGCCCAUCAUAACGGUCAUUAUUAUCAUUUCAUGAAAGAUUUCGUCCCUAGGAAUUUCUAUCGUCAGAUUUACCGAAACAGAUUUCAUCUAAAAUAUCACAAUUCGAUUUCAGUUCCUAUUUUAUCAACUUAAAACAAUCAUAAACUGAUCAUGCGUUCAGAAAACAAUUUCAACAAUGUUUUUCGAGUUUUAAUUUUGAUUUCUGGAGUCACAAAAUUAUAUUAUACAUAUCUCGUCAUGUACAUUAGAAAUGGCUAUCUAUCUGUUUUUAUGAAUUAUAUUUAAUAAAUAAAUUUUUGGGAGUGAUUUACAUAUAAUUCGCUCAUCUUG